AUGCGAGUACCACGGACUAUUGUUGCGUUGAGCAGCCUGGCAUGGGCUACGUCGACGCAGACUGUCCUUGCUUCGUCUUCUGACGGUCAAUGGAGUCUAGGUGAAGGGUUCUCAUUACACAGAAAAGCCGAGCAACUGGAGAUUUCAAGAGGAAACUCGAGCAUCUGGAGUACCGUGCCGGGUAAGCCUUUCUUGAGUGCGAGUGCUGGGAACGACUCUGUUGUUGGGUCAAGCGGGGCUUUCAAGAUCACAGAAGUCGACCAGGAUACCUGCAAGGACCAGAGCAUCACGAGCAUCGACCAAAUCGAAUGGGAUGGGACAGCCACUGGCGAAGCUACGCGGAUCUCUGGUGAACUCCUACAGUGCGGCAAUGCAUCCGCUCAGUACAGUCUUACAUUCUGGGUGCCGAGUGAUCUAUCUGAUCGUAUUGCAUUCUAUGUGGACAUCCCUUCUUCGAAAACUGCGAGUGGGCCACUGAAGAAGCUAUACUUCCGCUUCUCUUCGUCCGCGAGCGAAGACUUCUAUGGACUUGGAGGUCAGGGGUCCUUUGCCUCUCUCAAGAACCAAAGUAUUCCCGUCUUCUCACGAGAGCAGGGUGAAGGGAGAGGAGACGAGCCCAUCACUUCAGUCAGGAAUGCCAACGGUUCCUUCUCUGGCGGCGACCAAUACACGACAUACACUGGGAUUCCCUCGUACAUCUCGACUGACAGCAAGGUCGUUUACUUGUCGGAGAAAAGCACUGGAUAUGCAAACUUUGACUUCACCCAACCUGAGGAAGUCACGAUUCGGUACGAUUCACUGAGCGUAGACGGUGCUUUCACUCGUACGGAUACUUUGUUCGAUGCCAUCGAAGCACUCACGGCAUAUACUGGUCGCAUGCCCGCUUUGCCAGAAUGGGUCGACAACGGAGCAAUCUUGGGCAUCCAAGGCGGUCAAGAUAAAGUCAAUGGAAUUGUGGAGCAAGGACUUAGUGACGACAUCAAUUGCCCCAUCGCUGGAGUCUGGCUGCAAGAUUGGUGUGGCACUCAUCCUCAGGCUGGACCGUACAUGAACAUCUCUCGUCUUUGGUGGAACUGGGAGAACGAUGAGGUCCUCUACCCAACCUGGAACGAUUUUGUCCAGAGCUUGAGAGAUCAGCACAAUGUGCGGACACUAUCCUACGUCAAUGUCUUCCUCGCCAAUGUUUCGACCAAAUCUACGGGAUAUCGGCGAAGUCUGUAUGAUGAGGCGAGUGCAGCACAUUACUUCGUUCAAAAUACGACUGUCAAUGACACUGCCGUCGUUUCCAGUGGCCCUGGCAUCGAAGCUGGGAUCAUCGAUCUCACCAACCCUGGCCUUCGUUCUUGGUUCGAAGACGUCCUUCGAGACCAGGUCUGGGAUGCCAACAUCUCUGGCUUCAUGUCUGACUUUGGAGAGUACACGCCUGUGACUGCCGAUACCAAGUUGUAUGAUACGGUCAGCGACGCCUUCUUCUACCAUAACGCCUACCCUUCGCAAUGGGUGGAGUUCCAACGCGGAGUCGUCGAAGGUCUCAACCUCACGAGCGAGGCCUUGCUUUUCCAUCGAUCCGCAGCAAUGUCUUCGAACAGGAACAUGAACCUUUUCUGGGUCGGCGAUCAGAACGUCGACUGGGCUUUGAACGAUGGUAUCAAAUCCGUCGUCACAAUCAUGGUCCACAUGGGCUUUUCAGGUUACGCACAGCAGCACUCCGAUGUUGGCGGGUACACUACGAUCCUGACCUACAACAACUUGAACAUCACUCGAUCUUCAGAGUUGCUUGGCCGCUGGGGCGAGCUGGCAGCAGUCUCAUCUUCAGUCUUCCGCAGCCACGAAGGCAACAUCCCACAAGUAAACGCCCAGUUCUACAGCAACAGCACGACGUAUAGCUAUUACGCCUACAACGCCCGCCUCUUCGUCUCCCUCGCCAAAUACCGUCGCCACAUCCUCCAAACCGAAAGCGAACCCAAAGGCUGGCCGCUCCUCCGCCCACCGGUCCUAUACCAUCCCAACGAUCUUCGAGCAAGGAACAUCAGCUACCAGAGCUUCUACCUUGGCGAGCACCUUUACGUUGCUCCGGUGCUGGACCCACAGACUUUUGAGGUUGAUGUGUACUUCCCGGGCGAGGCCAACAGGACGUACGAGUCUGUGUGGACGGGCGCGGUCUACAAGGGAGGUGAGGAUGCUACUGUGCCUGCGCCGUAUGGUAAGCCGCCGGUGUUUUUGGUCAACGGAGUAAGAACGCCGGAGCUUGAGCCGUUCUUGGAGUUUGUGAAGAAGGAGAAUGGGACGAAGUUGUCGGUGGAUUAG